GUAGGGUUCCCCUUUGGUUUGUGGUUUUGGACAAGCUCAGGAUUCCCUCUUCUCAUCCAUAUCAUCUCUCUCUCUUUCUCUCUCUCUCUCUCAGAGUUUAAACAAUAACCAAGUCUAUACUUUUGUUCAUAUUUGUGUGGCUAUAGUUGGAUUUUCUUGGUAACAUUAUCAACUAUGGUUUUUCAAACCAUGAACAACAACAAAGAAACAUCUUCACUUCCAUUUAUCACUCUCUCUUGUUCUUUCUCUUACCUUAAACAAAAAACAAAACUUGUCUCUUAGGUUGUUUUUGUUCUGUUCUCUUGUUCUUUCUCUCUCAAUCUCUCUACUAUUCACCACUGUGUUCAACUAUUUAGUCUAUAACUUUCUUUGACAACUUUUUUUUCUUUGUCUUUAGAUCCCCCCAAAAAAAUCUUAAUCAACAUAUGAAAAAAACAAGAUCUUUUGAGUUUAGUCUACAAGAUCCUUAGUUUUCUCAAACUUUCAAUCAUAACAUGGUCAAAGGUUUAAUGAUGUUCCAACAACAACAACAAGUGGUGGAAGAAAACAUGUCAAAUUUAACUUCUGCAUCCGGUGAAGCUAGUGCUUCUUCUGGUAACAGAACUGAAUUUGGAACAAGUAGUAGUUACCAACAACAACAACAGCAAUACUUGGUUCCUCAAACUCAAACUCAAACUCAAACUCAAUCUCAACCAGUGAAAAAAAAGAGAAACCUCCCUGGCAACCCAGACCCUGAUGCUGAGGUUAUAGCUAUGUCACCCAAGAGUCUACUAGCGAAAAACAGAUUCAUAUGUGAGAUCUGCAACAAGGGUUUUCAAAGAGAUCAAAAUCUUCAACUUCACAGAAGAGGACACAACUUGCCAUGGAAGUUGAAGCAGAGAACAAGCAAAGAAAUCAGAAAGAAGGUCUAUGUAUGUCCAGAAAUAUCGUGUGUGCAUCAUGAUCCAUCAAGGGCUUUGGGAGAUUUGACUGGAAUCAAGAAGCACUUUUGCAGAAAACACGGCGAGAAGAAGUGGAAAUGUGAAAAGUGUUCAAAGAAAUACGCUGUUCAAUCUGAUUGGAAAGCUCAUUCUAAAACAUGUGGAACAAGAGAGUAUAGAUGUGACUGUGGAACUCUUUUCUCAAGGAGGGACAGUUUCAUAACUCAUAGAGCAUUCUGUGAUGCAUUAGCAGAAGAAAGUGCAAGAGUUAUCACAAAUAACACAAUUCCGAUUAUACCCUCAUCACAAUCACCAUCAUCUUCUCAUCAUCAUCACAUGAUAAAUCUACAAACUCAAUUCAAUAAUCAAAAUCAACAUCAACAACAAGAGCUUCAUAAUAGUUUUCCAUUAUUGAAAAAAGAACAACAACAACAUCAAAGUUUUAAUCUUUCUGAAAUUCCACCUUGGCUUGGCCCACCAAAUGUUGGUGAAAUCUCAUCAUCGAUAUUCUCUCAAACACAACAACAACAACAACAUCAAGAAAACCCUAACCCUAAUCAUGUUCAUGUUCAUGGGACCACAUUACCUCCUUACCAAACAGUGCCUUCCCCACACAUGUCAGCUACUGCAUUAUUGCAGAAAGCAGCUCAGAUGGGUGCAACUAUGAAUAGAACAGCUUCUGCUUCUUCACCAGCUAUGAAUGUUAGGUCCCACCAAGUUGAUUCUCUCAACAAUGUUUCUUCUGGACAUUUUGGUUUGAAUUUGUUAUCAUCAUCACAUGAACAUCAACAACAACAACAAAACACAACAGCUACAACAGCAGCAACAACGGCAACAACGACAACGUCGGCUUAUCUUAGUAAUAUUCAUGAUGUUAUGUUUUCUUCUUCAUCUCCUUCUGGAUUUGAAUCAACUCAGUUUGAUGAAAUGUUUGGUGGCAUUAUGAAUCCAAAGAAAGAUCAUCAUGAGACACACUCUAAAACAUCGGGCGAUGACGGCGGCGGCGGCGGUGGAAAUGAAGGAUUGACUAGAGAUUUCUUGGGACUAAGGCCACUUUCUCAUAGUGAUAUUCUAAGCAUUGCAGAGAUUGGAAACUGCAUGAAUGAUGAACAACAAAAUCAAUCUCAAAAGCCAUUAUGGCAAGGUUAGAUUAGAUCUAAAAAUUACAAGAUAUUAUGGAUUAUUUUUUUGCUAUAUUUAUUCAUCUUUUAUAUAAUUUUUAUUCUUUUUUUUUUCUUAGUUUAAUUUUGUUUAUGAUAUUGGUUAAUAUUUAUCUUCCCAAAGGGAAGGACUUUUCUUU